GGUGUCUCAAAAUGGCGGACGCGGCCGUUGGAGGAAUACUUCAGCUUCUGUUUUUCUUCACUACUCCUAAAUAUAGCGACAGCUUCAUGCAGAGACCGUCUGGUUGGUAAAUGCCUGCAGGCUGUCAAUGUGUGGUGUACCUGGAGACUGUCUUUAAGGAGAAGUGUUUGGGGUGAGCUGCUGACCACCCUGCGAGCCGGACCCGGCGUCCUAUCUCUGAUCUCCUGCCAAGGAGACAGCAGUUGCUGCACACUCUACACCUGACCCCCAUCCCCACCCCGUCCUGUCCCGUCCCUUCUGCCAACAUGGUGCUGUCACAGAGGCAACGUGACGAGCUAAACCGAGCGAUAGCUGAUUACCUUCGUUCCAAUGGAUAUGAAGAGGCAUAUUCAGUUUUCAAAAAGGAGGCGGAAUUAGACAUGAAUGAAGAAUUGGACAAGAAAUAUGCAGGUCUCUUGGAAAAGAAAUGGACUUCAGUCAUCAGAUUACAGAAAAAGGUGAUGGAGUUAGAAUCAAAACUGAAUGAAGCAAAAGAGGAGAUUAAUAUAGGUGGGCCAAUUGGACAGAAGCGAGACCCCAAAGAAUGGAUCCCCCGUCCUCCUGAGAAAUACGCUCUGAGCGGCCAUAGGAGUCCUGUCACCAGAGUCAUUUUCCAUCCUGUUUUCAGCGUCAUAGUUUCUGCCUCAGAGGACGCAACAAUAAAGGUAUGGGAUCAUGAAACUGGAGAUUUUGAAAGGACCCUCAAAGGCCACACAGACUCCGUGCAAGACAUUUCCUUUGACCACACUGGAAAGCUGCUAGCCUCGUGUUCAGCGGAUAUGACCAUCAAGCUCUGGGACUUCCAGGGCUUUGAGUGUAUCAGGACCAUGCACGGACACGACCAUAAUGUUUCAUCUGUAGCUAUUAUGCCCAAUGGAGAUCACAUAGUUUCUGCCUCAAGGGAUAAAACCAUUAAAAUGUGGGAGGUUGCCACUGGAUACUGUGUUAAGACAUUCACCGGACACAGAGAGUGGGUCCGCAUGGUGCGGCCCAACCAGGACGGGACCCUGAUUGCCAGUAGUUCUAAUGACCAGACGGUGCGUGUUUGGGUGGUGGCCACAAAAGAAUGUAAAGCAGAGCUGCGCGAGCAUGAGCAUGUGGUGGAGUGCAUUUCUUGGGCCCCUGAAAGUGCCCAUCCCACCAUCCUGGAGGCCACCGGCUCAGAGACCAAGAAGAGUGGGAAACCUGGUCCUUUCCUUUUGUCUGGUUCCAGAGAUAAGACUAUCAAGAUGUGGGAUGUGAGCAUUGGCAUGUGCCUUAUGACACUGGUUGGCCAUGAUAACUGGGUGCGUGGGGUUCUUGUGCACCCUGGAGGAAAGUACAUUGUGAGCUGUGCUGAUGACAAGACUUUGAGGAUCUGGGACUACAAAAACAAGCGCUGCACGAAGACCUUGAGUGCCCACGAACAUUUUGUUACCUCUCUGGAUUUCCACAAGACUGCUCCGUACGUCGUCACCGGGAGCGUAGAUCAAACAGUAAAAGUGUGGGAAUGUCGCUGAUCAUACCCGCCAGGACCCUUCACAACACCUCCAUGCUCCCCUCCACCCCCACGGACCCAUUCCACUUUCCCCUCAGCUUCCUCCUGCUCUUCUGGAUGCACUCGAACACCACAGUCAUCACCCACGAGCUCCGGUUUAAUAACGUGUCCUUUUAUGUAAAUUAUUCUGGAUGUAGAUCGAGCUAUUAAAUGAAAAAAAAAAAGUAUUCUUGCAUGGUGAAUCCAAAACUGUAUACUGUAAAUUUACAUAAUGUUGUCUAGAAGUACCAUAGGUUUAACACAGGCUGAUCUUUCACUCAGCCUGACCUACCGAAGGCAGAAGCUGACUGGGUUAAAUGUAGGGCACUAAACUGAUAAUUUAAUGACAGUGUCUGAUUUAUAUUUGUCUAUUUUUAUUUUAUUUAGUUUAUUUUGUUUUGUUUUCCACUGUCUUAGUCUGUUUGUGCCUAGCUUGGAGACCUUUCAAAGGGGCAAAGGCUACAGAAGGAAUCUAUAAAUGCUGAGGUGGAGAGUUGAUCUGGAGCUUGUUAUCGGAGUUAUUCUGUAGCUUUGUUACAUCACUUCUGGAGUGUACUUAUACCAUUCUCUUCUCUUGUGGAUUUAGAUAACAUUUAAUGGUUGCAUCUAAGAACGUUUUCAUGUGUUUUGUCUGGAGACCUUUGGGAAUAAAUCUUUGUACGCUUGUCAUGACACGUCCUACUGAGAAGUACAAUCCCAGAGACAUGACUUUACACUGUAAGAGAGAAUCCUGCUUAAUUCUAGGAGUGAAUUUGUACAAAAAAGCCAUGCUGCAUAUAGGGCGGCAAGAGUUUUAUGUUUUGUUUUUUCUUUUUGCCCCAAAUCGACGAUAGCUUUAGUAAAGAUUUUGGUCACUCAGGAGCACUUCAAACUUAAACAUUGCCUCUACAAAGCACUUGAUUUGGCCAUCAGUGUUUGCAUUCAGAUGAAGACGUCCUGAUUCUUCCUUUCGUUGCUUAAUCUCGUUGCCCUUAUGGCAGUUGUGCUGAGACUAAGAAAUCGCAAGCCUCAGUUUGGACCCAAGGUGCAAAGCAUGACAAGGGCUCAAAGUUUCCUCUCAUUAAGGGGAUGUGCAAAAAUCCUAAAAGAAUGGAUGCAAAGAUUUCUAUGAUGACAAAAAAAAUGAUCGGGGUUACUGUGGGAAGCUCAAUCUACAAGUCGCGGAGCUACAAACCUAACCAUCUGCCUGUUCUCUCUCUGUGGAGUGUGAAUCUUGUUGUAAAGGGAUCUUCAUACUGUGGCCGAAUAUCCCUAAUAUAACCACAGGUGCUCAAGCCAUUACUUAAGUGUGACGAGUGGUACACACUCUGCUAUAUCUGUUAAUAAAUGUACAAAUGAUUACACAAUGGGAAAUGAUUUGAUAAAGUCCCAAACAUGGAGAUAAACCAUUCCAUAUCUUUUAAGGAAGAAAAAAAAUGCCUUUUGACUUUGUGCGAAGACAAAAGAAAUUCAAUUAACUUGCACAUCCCUGCUAUUGUUGGAUCUUCGGUCCGGUCGGGCUGAAGGUUUACCCAAUUUAAGGCUUUGAACAGAUAUCAUUUUAAUUAGCCUUUUCAUUCCAAUGCAAUUAUAUAAUAAAGAAUUCACUGCUUAACCAUGCUAUUAUCAAGCGAUUUCCUGUUGUGUGCGUACUGGAUGUACCUACUGCUGCUGAAAAUUCGAUAGUGACUAGUCUGAGAUCUGUACCUGUCCACAUAGCACUGCUGCAUGUAAGUGUACGGGUGGGCAACCGUCAAACAUAUUUGAUGUCCAACCGUCCAGAAAAGAUCUAAGUGACAUCUUGUUCGGAGCGUAUGUGUUGCGGCAUGAUUGGUUGAUGGGGAUAGACGUCCUAUCAGAUAUGUACGAUGAAGGCAGGCCGCUCUGUUUGUGGUUGUAGAGGCCGAUCUGUGUGUGUGUAUGCUUGUAUGAAGGAAGAUGACCACUUCAUUUGGCUAUGGGAUUGUGGCAGACUGAGCAACCCAAGGGAGAAGUGCCCAUCACAAGCAAACACCGUUGAUGCCUCGUCUUUUUUUUUUUUGAUUGAGACCUUUUACAUUGGUUCUUUAGUCACUUCACUGUGUAGUGCAGCUGGCAACCUAAACCAAAAAUGGACAAACAUAUUGCUGAAUCGAAUCAUUUGUAAUAUAAUAACAUUGUCCAGAGCUUAUCUUUUCCUGUAAGCAGCACUGCUCCCUUAUAAUUGGCUUUAAUCAAGACAUUGACUACUAACCAUUUUUUUUCACCUUCAGUUGUUUACAAACCUUUUUAACCCAGCAAGCAUUUUUUGCUUUUAAAAGAUGUCUAAUAGACGUCUAAACAUAGUGUUCCUGGCUAAAACAAGGUUAAAUUUGGGCUGUCAGUGAAAAUCUAACAGAUGUCUAAGAAUAGGCCAAAACUGGACUAGUCAUCAAAUAAGCAGAAAUGAGUGACUACACACAAAGUCUGUCUAAUCUGUCUAUUUGGGCUAUUCUUAGAUGUCUACUAGAUUUUCACUGACAGCCCAAGUUUAACCUUGCUUUAGCUUUAGAUGUUUAGAUGUCUGUUAAACACAAAAUUGUUUGCUGGGAAGUUUCAGUGUCCUGUUGAACACAAAAGAAGAGGUUGUUUUACAGAAUGAUUGAAGAUUGGUAGCUGUUGGCUUCCAUAGUAGGAGAAAAUAUAUGUAUAUAACAGAGAAUAGUUGCUUUUAACAUUCUUCAAAAUGUCUCUUUUGUGAUCUGCUUGAGAUAGAAACUAUUUGGAAUAAGUGGAGGUAAAAAAAUGAUAACAGAACUUUUCAGAAGACGGAAGAUGACAAGAUUUUUGAGAGAACUUUCUUUUUCAAUGGUUAGUUUGCCUUAAAAUGAAUCCUUUUUACAAAUAGUUUAUUUUUUAUCCUCAUGUCCUUUCCCUAAAACAAGUUUUGUUUGCAUUUAAAGCACAAAUUAGGGCAUUAUUACAGAAACCUUCGAGAUCUGGCUCUGCUUUCAAAAUCAGAGCACCCAAAACUCUUAAUGCUUUACAACAUUUGUGAAAAAAGCCUUGUGAAUCAAGUGGUUUAAUCCAAAUGUGGAGAUAUGAUUGCUUGGUUUUUUCAACUUUAUUCUGAUACAAAAAAACAAGCUCAGCUGUACUUCCUUGUCACGUUAAGAAAGUCCUCAUUGGUUGUACACGCUAUAAUAUGCUAUGUGACAGAGAAGAAUAUAACUGAUUGGUUUUCACACACCAAGAAAGCAUCCAUAAGCUUUAGUGAGCAAAUUUGAAGGUUGUUAACAUUUGUUGAAUCAAUUUAUAUUACCUCAAGCCCAAAAUUAAAUAGAAAAAUUAAGUGAUCUUGACCAUUCAGAAGACAUUGAUUAAACCGCUUGAGGCUUACAGAUUAGGUUUUAAAUCUUUUAAAGCAUUUUUGGGAGAAUGUACUAUUAGUGGAGGGAUGGAAGUCUUUGUUUUGAUGCAAUAUCUUCAUUUGUGUUUUGAAGAUGAGCAAAAGGAUUAUUUGUUUAGAAUAACAUAAAGGUAAAUGAUAAUGAAUUUACAUGUUUAGGUAAUCGAAAAUGUUUAAAUUGAACCCGCCCCUUUAUAACACCUUUAGUGGUUUGACAACAAUGAUGUCCUGUUUAUUUUUGUUUGCCGGAGAGAAGGUUUGCUAUUCGCAGUUCCCAAGCAAUCCUACUGCAGCACACGCUGGAUGAGUUCAUGUACAGACAGACAGACUGGUGAAGGUGGUGUCUGCAGGUUCGCCCUCCCGCCACAGGUUUAUCAUCAGUUAUUACUUUUGUGAAUAGAUUGGAGGCUUCAGACUUCACAGCUUGAAUGGGACUCUUUGCUUUUUAUGGUAUCACUGUUCACACAGCCAAUUGUUAACAAUAUAUCUGGAUGUUAUUGUUUGCAACAUAAUUAAAGAGAAAAAAAUA